UUCAUCCUCCAUUUUGUGAUUUUUGCUGCCACAUACCAACACAUACCUCCUCUACUCUCUACUUUUCAGCCAGCACCGGAGAAUUUGCGGCAGUUGUCUAAUUUAGAAACAGUCUGUCUUACUUUUUUUCAGUCUGAAAGUAUUAGCUGGUUAUCAAAUAUUUACAUCCAUGUUUCUCUAUAUUAUUUCUUCCCUUUGUACUGACAAUGUGGAAACAGGAAGAGCAGUAGAGGAUUACAGCUUGACUAUUUGCACAUCUUUUCAUUAAUUCUAAUGUUUCACUAAAUUCUACAAUAUGGACUCCGUCUCUCAGAACCUACAAGAUCAGAUCUCAGAGUUGCUCAAACCACACAGAGUUUGCCUGGUGACACCUGUUAUUCUGAACCAAUCCAGUCAACCAUGUGGAAGAUCAGCCAGCAGGUUUGUGGUGCUGAGUCUAUGGAGAGGUUACUUGGUUAUAAACAAGCAACCUGUCAGGGUGGAGAGUACGUUCAGCUACCUAGAGAUUUGCUCCAUCAAUAUUCACAGUCUCAUGCAGAUUGUGUUGGAGACAGACAGGCAGACUCUGUCUUUCAGUGUCUUACAUGCUGAUGAUCUUGAGGCCAUGAUCAGUCACAUGACUGCCUCACUGAAAAGGAUCUUCCCUGAUUCAUCCCCAAGAAAGCUGCUAAAGACAAUUCCCUUUGAUCUCCAGGAGAGACUCCUCACUCUGACUGAUGUGAUAGAACAGCAGCUGGAGUGUCAGCCUGGCUGUUGCGGAGGAUUCUCGGAUACCUAUGCUGCUUUGUGUGAUUUCAAUGAGAUGCCUUUUAGAGAGGAGAUUCAGUGGGAUGUUGACAACAUAUACUACAUCCACAACUGGAGACAGUUCAAUCUGCAGGACUUUAGUCACUUAGACAGCAGGGACUUGGCAUUGGCUGUAGCAGCUUUGUCUUUCAACCAGUGGUUUACAAAGAUCUGCUGCAAAGAACUGAAACUGUCAGUGGACGUCCAGCAGCAGCUGACUUUCCUGCUGUCCAGAUCUCCCAGUCUGCAGGAGCUCUCACUGGAGGCCAGUGGACUGAAACUGGACUUUGCAGUCAAAAUGGCAGCUGCUCUUCGAGAGCACACCUCAUCUACCCUGCAAUCCAUCAACCUCUCAGGCAAUCCAAUUGAAGACAAAGGUGUGAUAGCUCUCAGUCAGGAGUUGAAGAAUCUGGAUAAAGGACUCAAGCACCUUUCUCUGUCUCGGGUAUCAGUGACUGCUAAAGGCCUUGGCCAUCUGAGUCAGGUGUUGUCCUCCAGCCAGCUGUUCACAGUAUCUCUAACCCACCUUGAUCUGUCUUGUAACCCUGGCUGCUUGGUUACUGAAGAGGCCAUGUUUCUCUUCAAGUUCUUGUCCAGUACGAACUCUCUUUCCCAUUUGGACCUCAGUGAUACCAACUGUCCCCUAGACACGCUAUUUGUGUCCCUGUCUGCUGGAUGUUGUUACAAACUGAUGCACCUGAACUUGGCCAGGAAUCCUUUCAGCCACAGAAAGGUGCGGGAGGUGACCCGGAGCAUUCAACAGUUCUUCAGUCAGAGCUGUGAGCUGAAGUAUGUGGGCCUAUCUGCUACCAAGCUACCUCCACAAGCUCUCAGGUUAUUACUACAGGGUUUGGCGACCAACACUCGUCUGUUCGGGCUGGAGUUAGACCUCAGCAGCUGUGAGCUACAUUCAGCAGGGGCCCAGGUGAUACAGGAGCACAUCUCUGAAGCUACAGCUAUCAGAAGACUGGACAUCUCUGACAACAGUUUUGAGAAUGACAUGGUGACACUGGUUCUGUCUGUUGGUCGAUGUCAGUCUCUACGACACCUUGCACUGGGAAGAAACUUUGCCAUGAAGUCCAGGGCUCUCACUGAUGUUCUUCAGCGUAUAGCGCAGCUCAUUCAGGAUGAAGAGUGUCCCUUGCAGUCUCUAUCAGUGUGUGACUCCAAGCUGAAGACAGGGAUGCACAUUCUUCUGAGCGCUCUGGGUGGCCAUGCUACUCUGGCUGAACUGGACAUCAGUGGAAACAACAUUGGAGACAAUGGAGCAAAAAUGCUGGCUAAAGCCCUGAUGAGUAACACCAGGCUGAGGACCUUGACAUGGGACAGAAACAAUGUAUCCGCCAAAGGUUUCCAGGAUGUGGCAGAUGCCUUGGAGAGAAACUUCACUCUGCAGCAGGUGUUUAUGCCCCUGGCUGAUAUCACACAGAGUUACCGCAGCAACCCUGAUAAAACAAAAGAAGCUCUGAACAAGAUUCAGCAGUGUUUAGUCAGAAAUAACCAGAUGCAGUCUGAUGGCGUGGAUCUUCAACCUCAGGUGUCUAAGACUCAACAAUCUGAAAAGCUGAUCCAGGGUAUGUGUCGGCAACUAGAAGACAGCCUUCAACGUUUAAGCCAAUGUAACAUGCAGGAAGCCCAGGCUGACAUCCUGACAGCACAUGAGGUGCUUCAAAAUGCCAGGGAUUCUUUCAAGCUUCUUCCCUCACUACAUGAGGCAGGCUGGAACUGUGCCUCUGAUGCAAACUUGGUGAACAGCAUCCUCGCUGACACUGCUACUGCACUGACCAAUGAGUUCACAAGAAGCUUACAGGAAAUGGCUCAAGACCUGAUGAGACAUGCAGAGGUAGUGUGUCCACAGGUGGACCAGCGUUCCAGUGUGUUUGAGUGUCUGUUAGAAUGUGUGUCAAAAAGAAGCAGACAGACACACAUAUUCAUGAAAAGCACUCUGGUGGAAGACGCAGGUCAUAUCAUCAGCAGCAAACUGCGUGAACUGAGACAAACACUGAGUGUCACUCUGGCUGAAAGCAUUGCAGAACAGAUGCUACAGGAUCUGACAGCGGCGCAGGGCAAAAUGGAUUGCCUUAUGAAAGAACAUUUAUGCAAUACUCAGAGAAUCACCAUCCCAGAGCUGCUACUGGUCGACAGUGACUUCCCAACUGAUGAUUACAGCCCAGCAUUUUGGAGGAAUGGCUUGCACUCCACAAACCUGAGGCCUGCUCCUUCAAUUAAGAGUCUUAUGGAUGCAGACUGGGAGCAGCAGACCAGGGACAUAGAGGCAGAGAGAGGUGGGGGAGGAUUCGCUGGCGAGGAGGACGGAGGAGGAGGAGGAGGAAGGUGUGGCCUUCCUUGGUUGCUGCCAGCAACCCCACUGUCACUCACAACCCCAGACCCCUCCCCCUCCACUUCCCCGUCCCCCUCCCCCUUAGGACAGAGGGGGAGGAGGCGGAGGGAGCGGGAGGUGGCGGCAGUGGAUGCUGCAGAAGCAAUAUCAGGAGCAAGAGGAGCAUCAUUCAUUCCUCCUCCCAGCCUCCCCCUCCUCUACUCCAUCCCCGCUCACGCUCCAAACGAGGGGGCAGUCGGCCGCGGAGGCUUACACCGACGAGAGACUCCCUUCCCCGGCUGCGGCCUCAGCCCAGGCCACCUCCCCGGCUCUGGAUCUCCCGUUUCUCCCAUGGAGCCUCUACCCACCCAGGGACAGACUCUAAGGCACUACACUGCCUCACGACCACGGCCACGACGCACACACACACAGCCUCCCUCCUCCAGGCCUCAGGAGCCAGUGUCAAAGGUAGAGAAUGAGGCUAGCGAGGUGAUGGGCAGAGUGGAUGAAGGAGUAGAGGAGUUCUUCACCAAGAAAAUCAUCGCUGACUAUGCACUAAAAGGCCGGUGGGAGGAGUCACACCCUGCCCAAGCCACUCCCCCAGCAUCAAGCUCCACCCCUUCAGCCUCUACCCCCUUUUCCUCCUCGUCUGACAUUAUCACCUCCUCUACCACUAUCACUGUCACCAGUCCCUCUAUUGCAUCUACUGACACAUCGUUUGCAUCCAAUGAUGUUCCACCCCUCUUGACAUCUUCCCCUCCCCCUACCUCCUCUUCUGUCACAACCACUACCGCCACAUUUCCCACCAAAAAUAUCAAGAAAAAGUUUGGUGACUUCUUCGCCUUCAAGAGGGCUCGACCUGGCCGUGCCACCAAGGCAGGCGGGGGAGAGGGAGGAGGAGGAGAGGGGGUGAAGGUCAAAAGGACCUCCAUUGCAGAUCUCAUUCGACCCCUCCGUGAGGCCAAAGAAAGGGAGAGGGAGAGGGAGAGGGACAAGGAGAAAGAGAAGGAGAGAGGGGGAAGGUCAGUGGAGGAUGCUAACAUUUCUAAUGAUGCCACCACCACAGAAGGAAGCAUUGCCACCAGCGACCAUCUUGCAGGCAAUGUGAGGGAAAAGAUGCCAUCUACCAAGACAUUAACCACGUUGACACCGCCUAGUGAAAAUGCUCCGCCUCAUCCCUCCAUCACCACCAGCCCUGACCUCACCACUGCUAUGCUCUCCAGCCUGGAUGAAGACAUAGUUCCUGUCCUACCAGGCUACACCCCUCGUCCUGAGAUCAGUUCCCCUCUAACUGAACAGAAGAUGCAGUUAGGAGGAACUCCGUAUGGAGAAAGGAGACUGAAGGUGACCAAGAGGUCACUGAGAGAGGGGAAGAGCCAGAGUCUCAUCCUGCUGACGGGAUUAGAGCCUGAAGACAAGGAUAGCACACCUAGUAAGAAACAUGCAUCUGAGAGCACAUCUGGUUUUGAACAGAGGCUUCAGGUGAUGUUGCACAGAAUGGGCGUGGCCAAAACUUCACCUGCUGAAACCAAGAUGUGCCAGAAUAAAGAUGAAGAGCUGAGGAAGGCCAACUCUGAAGGAGCUAUUCUGGACAAACCUGAACCACCUGCUACAUACAUGAAGCCCAGAACGAUGUCCACUUCAUCAGCUGACCCCAGGCAUCCUAUGACAGCACUGGACCCCAUUCGACCAGAACCUCUCCUUUUCCCAAAGCCCGCCAUCCCUGAGCGCCCUAUUGCCCCCCUGCCAUCAAAGCCUGCCAUCGCAGCCAAACCUCACCUCCCCACAUCAGCUGUUCCUGUAGAAGGAGGUGCUCGUCCCUCCUCUUCUCCUCCUACCAGCAGCUCAACAGAGCAAGCCCUGCUCAGAGCACACACUCAUGAUAGCAGGCCAGGGGAGGCUACAGAACAGGUGAUGCAGCAUUCAGUCCAGGAAGUUCUUCAUUGUUCCUAUGAAGUCAAUGCAAAAAAUGGAAGUCUGGAGGGUCCUCGGGGUGCAGCUUCCACCAUGUCCCCUAGGAAAGAGCUUCUUCCUUCAGUCCCAUCUCAAUGGAGGGGUCCAAGUGCACAGGCCCGUGCCGAGAAAGCACAAUCAGUGACUGACGAAAGUCUACCGAAGCCACGCCAGCACAUUAAGUCCAUUCCACAACGCAGAGCUGUGUCUGUCCACGAGGAUGCUCUGUCCAUUACACAAGAGCUGAAAGCAGUGUUACAGAGGUCACCCAUCCGUUUCCGGGGCAACAAAUGGGACCUGCCCUCCUGCACUGAAGAUCCAUCUAGUGGGGAGGAAGCACAGAGUGCACACACCAGUGACAAAGGAAAACAGACAGAUGAUGAAAAGAAGCACACUGUCCAGAAGGAGGAGCUCGAGGCAGAGAGAGGAAGAACUUGCUGUGGAGGUACAUCUGAAACCAAGCGCCAUCUUCCAGGAAAAGAAGAAGGUCCAGCCUCAGGUUGUCCCUCCUCUACAGCUCAAGCUCAACAAGAAGGUCAGCAAGAAGCAGCAGCACUGCAACCCUGCAGUCAAGCUGCAGCAUUAGAUAAAGCUCUGUGUGACCAUGAGAGUCCUUCAGCACGAACCCAUACCCUGGAAAAGUCCCCUACAAUCCCCACAUCCCAGAAAAAGAGCCCAAGCAUAGUCACAGCAUUGCCCCAAGCUCUAGAAAAAUGCCCGAUUCCCCUACGCCCCCAAGAAAAGUCCCCCAGCACAAUCCCAGUUGUGUCUGUAUCCUCAGAUAUCUCCCAAGUGAGUCCUCUGUCCCACCAGAGAAGUUCUGGCACACUGCAACCUAAUAUGGAUAUGAGAACCAGCACACAGGAGAGAGGAGAAGGCGUCUCUAAAGAUUACACGAUGAGGAAAGAGCCACCAGACCAAAGAACUGAGCCCCCGCUGUCUGAAUAACACACAGAGACCAACUUACAGAAGGAGAAAAGACGCACCUGGCAGAGACAGGAGGCAGAGAUCUGUGACACCACUGAACUGGGAUAGUAUGAGGUCAAAGAGUAGCAUGAAUGUUCUACUUUCAUGUGGAUAACUGCUCUCAUGUCAGGGUGUUCUCUUCGUCUGAGAACUAAAUACACAGCACACAUAAUUGGUAUGUUUUUUUUAUUUAUCUUUAUUGUAUGUUAGCUUGUGUAUAGUUUUGAGUAAUACUUUUUUUUUUUAUUAUUUCUGGGUUGAUAAGGAGGGACCAUUCUGAUUCAGACUGUGUGAGGCUUGCAAUAUUUGUUUGAAUUUGACAGCUGUUUUGUGCUUAUUUUCCCUGAAAAGCAAAUAACCCUAAUGUCAAAAAUUGUCAUUAACUUCAUCCUGUUAUUUUGCUCUAAACUCACUAUUGUUCUCCUUGUUGUGUCUUUGCAUUGAGCAGUAUGCAACUAUGUCACCUACAAAAAUCGUUCUGCUUUAAAUCAGAACACAUAUUUAAGACUCAUUGUCAGUAGGAGCUAGUAAUGGGACACAGCUAACAUGAGUUGAAACGUGAAGCAUGUGAUUCUAAAGCGAUGCCUUUUUUCAAAUUCUGUGCAUAUCACCUCAUGCUGUCUAUUUUGUGUGUGCACUGGAAAACAUUUGGUGUUUGUCAAGGAAACGAACAAAGCGGCUCGACCCUAUCUACAUAACACUAUUGCAGCAUAUCUUGAGCAUGCACAUUUCAGGGGGACUAUGGUGUGGUGCAUUCCUCUGUCUUCUUUUGCACUGUGCCACCUUAAAUAUAAAAUAAAUUCAAUUCAGUUCAAUUUUAUUUAUAUGGCGCCAAUUACAGAUCAGAUUUUCUCAAGACGCUUUACAGAACCCAUAUGCCUGAACAUGAAGACAACAGAAUCAGUAGCUGCAGUGAAUGAGUGCUGUGACUGCAGAGUAUUUGAAACAAGCGAAUCAAGAAGCAGAGCUCAGUUAAGGUGGCACACUGCAAAAGAAGUGAAAGGAACUAGCCACGACACGGUCAAAGACUGUACCAGUACCCCAGUCUACACAUUUUCCUUCAUGUUUGCCAAAGAAACCAUGACUGAGUCCCAACCCUCUAUUCUGUUAAAGCUGGUCAUCACAGUUUCAGCUUAUCCAAAAACAAUUAAUAAUAUUACAAUAUUAUUAGACAUCAAUUCGUUAGGCAAAAGAAAAGAUUUACAUAACUUCAGCAAAUUAGCAAAUUCUGAGAUUAUAAUUUGCAUUAACGCCUAGCAAGUGUCUCUAAUAGAAACAUUAGGAGCAGUGGGAUAGUACAUCUGGCACGUUAAAGUAUGAAGAUUAGCUAACAAGCUAAAUAUUAGCAAUGUUUCUCCAGAAUCACAGACUCCACCUUCAGUGAGUGAACUGACAUGAGGGGAUGGCUUAUGAACAGCACAAUGACAAGUGUACUUUAACAACACACGUCAAGCACACAUUUUUAUCACCUACUCAAACACGUCAUUUUGAUUUGAAAUGGGAUUUCAAGGCCUGUGAUUGAAUUUAAGGCUCGAAUUUCUUUUACAGUAGAGCUUGUAUCUUUUUAUCUUCUUGAUUUUUUUUCCCCCUUCUGGAUGAUCACAAUGUUUACAGAGAAAGCUUCCUCAAAUAGCUUCAAGUCAAUCAAACUUAUCUGUUUGGGAACAUGUCAAGCAAUUAAUUAUUUUACAACGUACAACAUAAGUAAGUACACCUCAGUGAACAACCUCUAAAUGUCAAAUGAUUCAAAAUUGUAUCACCUUACAACAUUGCAUUUGUUCUACGAAGAAGAGGGAGAUAUUUUUUUAAAUUAUAUGAUUUGAAAACAGCUCAGAUUUACCAUAAUAAAAAUACAGGACCCUCAGUAGAAACUCCAUACAUUUCAGCACAGUACACAUUUGAUUACUGAGAUUAAUUUUUUACAUUUUUUUUUAAAAAUACUUUGUAUGAACAAGAGCUUCACAGUGGCGUGGUGGUUAGCACUUUCACCUUGCAGCUAGAAGAUCCCCAGUUUGCAUCCCGGCUUUCCCGGGAUCCUUCUACAUGGAGUUUGCAUGUUCUCCCUGUGCAUGCGUGGGUGAUGCUAAAUUUUCCAUAGGUGUGAAUGUGAGUGUGAUUGUUUGUCUCUUUGUAUAGCCCUGUGAUAGACUGGUGACCUGUCCAGGUUGUCCCCUGCCUUCACCCUAAGUCAGCUGGGAUAGACUCCAGCCCCGCCGUGACCCUAAUGAGGAUUAAAUGGUGUACAGAUAAUGGAUGGAUUAAUGGACUUUGUAUGAACACCUUUAUUUUUUGUAACAUAACAGAUAUAAUAGACUCAAUCCAACUCAGUUUGGAGGAUUUAAGAAAUCUCUGGAGAGAUGUUCAAAUUUGUGUUUUUUCUUUUGGUUUUCUUGCAACUGCUCUUUGUCUGUCUCACUAUCUUUUUCUUUAAAACACCACAGAGGGGUUUUAUUGGACUCAGGUCAGGCAACAAACUUGGCCAGAUAAUAGGUUUCACUUUUUUCUUCUGUUAAAACUCUUGUGUGAUAUUGGCAGAAUCCUUAAAAAUAAAAUAAAUGAAAUAUUCCUCCUUUGCCGAGCUUCUGGAGACUUGAGGUCAUCUUGUCAGCCAGUAUUUAUGGUCCAUCCACAAGCUUUCAUGUUGCAUCUGUAACUGUGAAGUCCUCCACUUCUUUUGCCCUCAUGUAUGUAACCUCUUCUAAUCAAACUCCCACCUCCGUGCUUCACUGUCAAGACUGUGCAUUCACUGAAGCAGAACAAAUUUAGCAGAGCAAAUUCAUGUUCUUGGCCUCAUCUGACCAAACAAAUUGCUUUCAGUUUUCACCAAGUUUCCUCCCAUGUUCUUCACCAAAGUGUAAUCUUUCAGUUUUUUUGCUGAAGAGCAGGCAAGGAGUUUGAGAACAUGGAAUGUUCUUUACGCUGUCUAGGCUGUCAUAGAAACUGAUUUCCAUUAAUCACCACUGAGUCUAAAGCACUUGUCCAUUUGGUUUUCAUAGCUUGGUUGUGCAAAUAGUAACCACUGUGACUUUGAUUAGGGUUACUAUGACUCAUUAUACACCUGAUUACUACUGCAACUGUGUUUUGACUGAUUUUUAGUUGGUCACCAAUCUUCCUGUUUUCUUUUCCAUCAUUGUAAAGUCUUAGAUUUUUCAGCUCUUCCACAAAUUGAAUAUGCAGACAAGAUGCACUCAGACACAGUCCAAGGUUAAGAAAGUUCUGGUGUUCACAGGGGAUUUUAUAAUCACGUUCAUGCAGUAAUGCUAAAUGGAAAUCAUAGGUUUACGAAAUUUUUCAAUGAUCACAGGUUUUCUAACUUGUGUGUCAGUAAUCACAGAUGGAUUCCUGGUUGUUUUCCUUUCAAUAUAGUCUUUUAUAUGGGGAGAUACUCUACUUGGAAACUCUGAAAUCUUGAAAUGACUGAGAGGUUACACAAUCUGAAGGAUUUGAUAUCUAAGUGACUCAGUUUUGUUGAAUAAUGUAACUACUUACUAAUACUAAUGAAGUGCAGCAGCUUAAUUGCGUGAACUGCAUUAACAAAUGGCUAGUUAUUAAUUUUCCUUUUUUCUUUUCAAUAAAUGUCAGUGUAAUUUAUAAAUAUCAGGAAAAGAAAGACGGUGCUCAUUGGAAUAAAAUUAUUUUUAAUUUUAUCGGCAGUGUAUGGGGAUUCCUCAUCAGGCCACUAAUUCAGUCAUCAGUUUAUUAUUUUUACACAUAAAAAAUUGAGCACAAUUCCCUUGCUUCAUAUUCUUUCUACAGAGAAGUAGAACAGCAUCUUGGAAACAAUUAUAUUUCCAGAAAUUUCUAAAAAUGUUACAAUGAAAAUUAUUCCAAAUGCAUUUCUUGUUCAAUAUUCAUAGAGAGUCCCAUCAUGCCAUCUAUGUGGGAAAGUUUUCAUUUUAUGUAUAUGUUUUUACCUUGUUGGCACAUUGCAGAAUCUUCAGACUGAUACAUGCUCUUCAUGUUUUUGCAUAUUUCUGUGGGACUAUGUGACAGUGAAGUCAAUUCAGGACAGUCGUUCCAUUAGACAACUAUGUAUGUAAUUAUAUCAUAGAAGGACCUGAUCAGAUAGUGUGUGAGAUGAACAGAAGAACUUGAAUAUCCAGUUUAUCAAAUUCUCAGGUUGGUUGUGGAGAAGGUGUGUACUUUGCAAGAGCAGGCCUCAGUUCAGCUCUCUGUGUGGUCGGUGACCUGGGCCUAUGUCUCAUCCUGGAGGCGAGUUUAUUUUCUACUGUCACGUUUAUCUUUGCCUUGCACGCACAGAAUAUGUACAAAACUACAUAAAGCAUACAAAAACAAAAUGAUGAAUAGAGUGUAAAUCCAUACCUAUACUUGUUAAGAACUAUUAAAAGUUAAUUGAGUUGUGUCAUAA